AUGUCUUUGCCUGCUCUCCCUAAUAGGAGAUCUAUCCAAGUAUGCUUAAGAUUGAACGAAUCACCAAACGAAGAUGUCCAGGAAUUGACCACGAUCCAAAACACUUUUGAUAAGUCAACCUCAAACUAUUUGUUGCAGUCAAAACACAAUCAGUUAUCAAUUAAAUUCCAAGAUAAAAACAACCAAACCAGAGAUUCCAUUAACUCCAGUGCAGAAAAUAUCAAAAAGACUUUCCAGGAUAUAAAAAGUAUUGCUGGCGGGUUUGGUGACGUUUUUGAAAUCGACUGGGAAUUCUGGAGUUUGGUGGUCAACGACUAUGAUCAUGUGGUAAACCAUGAACUGGAUAAAUUAAACCAAUGUAUAAUAUCAGGAAUACCAAAGGAGUUUAGAGGUAUUAUUUGGCAGCUAGUGGCCAAAUCUAAAGAUUCCCAAUUAGAAGACUUCUACCGCCAGUUGAAGCUAGAAUCUUCAAUCCACGAAAAGGGAAUCAAGCGUGACUUGACCAGAACCAGUUUCUUUACCAAUGUUGAGGCAGUUAGUAAAAGCGACGAACUUUUCAAUGUGAUCAAGGCGUAUUCCUUAUAUGACCCCGAUGUGGGCUAUACCCAGGGGAUGAUCUUUAUUGCUGUGCCAUUGAUUAUGAAUAUGAACGAGUCAGAGUGCUUUUGUUUAUUGGUCACACUAAUGAAGGAGUACGGCCUCCGCGACUUGUUUUGCCCGGAAAUGAAAGGGUUACACGUUUUGCUUUAUGAGUUUGAUCGCUUGCUCGAAUCGUAUUCCCCCGUGUUGUACAAUCAUUUGGUUAAACAAGGUAUCAAGUCGUCAAUGUACGCCUCACAGUGGUUCCUCACAUUCUUCGCAUACAAGUUCCCCUUGGACAUUGUUUUAAGAAUCUACGAUAUAAUCGUUACCCAGGGAAUGGAGUCUAUAUUGAAGUUUGCAGUGAAUUUAAUGAUUCAAAAUGAACAAAACCUAUUGGCAUUAUCGUUUGACAAGUUGCUCGAGUUUUUGAAAGAUAAAUUGUUUAAUGUUUAUAUCGCCGAGGCGUUUAUCAAGGACGACAAGGGUAAAAAGAGAUUUUCGUUGCUGCGAUCUGCGACCAGCACCCCUGCUACUUAUUACAAACUAGAUGAAUUGGUGCAAGAUUCUAUGCAGAUAAACGUCGAUCCCGUGGAAUUGACCAAAUACGCUAAGGAAUUCGAAAGUAUCUACAACAAAGAGAAAGCCAAAGUCGACGAUAUCAAAGGUAUGAGACUAGCAAACGGCAAUCUUAGACACAGAAUUAAAGAAUUACAGUCGCAAUACUCAGCACUAAACAGAGAUCAUGUUGAUGUUGUUCAAAAAAUGGUGGAUUUGAAAAUCACCCUACCUGAUUUGGUUAACGAGAACGAGGACCUUAAACAAUCCAUAGAAAAGCUAGAAAAGGACGUUGAAGAAUUGGAAUCGAAAACACAACCUGCUAACGAUGUCUUGCCUAGUGAAAUUGAAGACCAAAUACAACAAUUACUUGUGAUCAAUACUCAGGAAGUAGAAAAGUCGGCUAAUUUAGAAGAAGAGUUAAACUCUUUGCUUGAACAAGAGGAAAAACUCAAUAAAUUGAUAAAACAAGCAAAUAGAAAUAGUACAUGGUUUAAAUGGAAUAAAUAG